AUGAAGAUGUUGAGCAGCAUUUGCAUUUUGAUUGCUCUGAUACCCUUUGUUUCAGGUGUUGUGCAAGUGAAAGCUGCAUAUUCUUACAAAUGUGAAGUCGGCCGAUGCAUCGGACGGACUGUGACUUGCCCGGACCAAUGUCCUGAUGCCUAUUCUACAAACCCCGAAGCUAACGUUUGCUAUAUCGACUGCUACCAUCCCUUAUGCCAACCUCAGUGCAAACAUCGCAAGCCAAACUGCGAUGGAUUCGGAUCAGCAUGCUACGAUCCUCGGUUCAUCGGCGGAGACGGUAUUGUCUUCUACUUCCACGGCAGAAGCAAUGAGCAUUUCAGCUUAGUCUCAGACAGUCACAUCCAGAUCAAUGGCCGCUUCAUUGGCCACAGGCCGGCUGGUAGGACCAGGGACUUCACUUGGAUCCAAGCUCUGGGCAUCAUGUUCGGAUCCCACAAGUUCUCUCUAGCGGCCACCAAGGUGGCAACAUGGGACAACAACGUCGAUCAUCUCAAAUUCUCUUACAACGGUGAAGAGGUGGACUUGCCGGUUGGCCCUCUCGCCGUGUGGAACUCCCCAGAAAGGAGCAUGAAAAUCGAGAGAAUAUCAAGCAAGAACAGCGUCAUGAUUUCUAUCCCCGAUGUGGCGGAGAUGUCUGUGAAUGUGGUGCCGGUGACUAAAGAAGAUGAUAGAAUUCACAACUACCAAAUCCCAUCUGACGAUACUUUUGCUCAUUUGGAGGUUCAGUUCAGGUUUUUUGAUCUCUCUCCAACAGUCGACGGUGUUCUUGGCAGGACUUACCAGCCUGAUUUUGAGAAUCCGGCGAAGCCAGGGGUGGCAAUGCCGGUGGUGGGAGGUGAAGACAAGUAUAGGACCACUUCGCUUCUCUCGCCAGAUUGCAAGACCUGUGUGUUCUCUACCACUGGAGAAAAGAGCCCGGUCGCGGUCGAGUAUGGCGCGCUGGAUUGCACCGGCGGGUUGGCCCGUGGGAAUGGGAUAGUUUGCAAGAAAUGA